AUGAUCAUCCCUAUUCGGUGUUUCACUUGCGGCAAGGUCAUUGGUAAUAAGUGGGAUACAUACCUGAACCUACUACAGGAGGGCAAGUCAGAGGGACAGGCUCUUACUGAGCUAGGUAUGGAGAGGUAUUGUUGUCGACGUAUGCUGCUUACUCAUGUAGACUUGAUCGAGAAGUUAUUGAACUAUAACAUUCUCGAGAAGAGGCAGUGA